UCUAGAUUUCCCCAUCAGCACCACCCACUGAAAGCCAUGAGGAGUAAAUCCUUUAAACACAUCCCUCCAUCUCAGGAAAAAGUGAAGAAAAAGACGAAGAAGAAGAAAAGAAAAAUGAAAACCCCUAAAAGUUUUCCCUAUAAAUUGGCUCUUUUGUCACCUACCAUUCAAGUGGAGAGUGAAGAAGAUCAUAUUGGUCCUGUUUCAUCUGAAGCCUCUUCUGUUGAAGACCUUCAGCAUUUGGGUAAAGUCUGGCCUUCAAACCAGUCCAAGAAGAGUGAAAAGGGGCCAGUAAAUGAUGACAAAGUUGAACCUUUUUUUGGAGAUACUGAAUCGGUCAGUUCUCAAAAAAAUACGCCAAAGAGAACGUUUGACUUAGCCGUUGAGAAUUCUCUGUCUUCACGAAAGGAGGAGUCUGAUGUAGGAUCAUUUAAAUCUGUGACAUCAUCAAUGUCCAAUCAGACAGAUAAUGAAUCAAUAUAUUCUGGAACAUCAGUAUCACAGGAACUUCCAGAGACUAACUGGACCGACGUACUGUCAGAUACAAGUGCAGAGCCUGUACUGUCACAAAGUGCCUCACAGGAGGGAGCUAAAAGUAUAAAAGAAGCUGUAGGGACCAGCAAAGUGAAAUUGCAUAUGGGGGCAGACAGUAACUAUAAUCUAGAGGCUUCGAACAAAGAUAAUGAUCCAUCAGUACAGCCAGUGAUUCACAAUAAGAAUAGGAGAGGAUCAAGAUCAAAAGAUGGGCGGCCACACAAGCACCGUCAUCACCGCCACCACCAUGAACAGUAUAAACAAGAAGAUUUGUUACUUCGGCGACAGAAGGGAAGCGAAGUCCGCCUGGACAAAAGACUUCAGCGUGUUCCAACUGAGGCUGACGAGGCUAAUUUACUCCAUACAGCUGAUUUGGAUGAAAUGGCUAGCCACAGAUUAGAGAACUUACAAGGAAUCCGAAGACAUAAAAUAAACAGGAAGAAACGUAAUGCCAUGGCAUCCAUCGUCUUUAUUGGACAGGCAGACAAAGGGAAGAAAAAGUUUUACAAGGAACCAAGAAAAAAAAUUGAUCACAGUCCUCAUGAGGUGUUUGUAGAACUUUAUGAAUUGUAUGUUGGAGAGUCUGCGGAAUUUGAAUGGAGAGAGAAAGCUCGUUGGAUCAAGUUUGAGGAAGAUGUAGAAGAAGGAGCAGAAAGAUGGGGGAAACCCCAUGUAGCCUCUCUUUCAUUUCAUAGUCUGCUGGAACUAAGAAGGGGAUUGGAGAAUGGUGCAAUGCUGUUAGACAUAGAAGCAACUGAUCUACCAACCAUUGUAAACAACAUUAUCGACAGCAUGAUUAUACAUGAUCAAAUUAAGCCUGAAAACAAAGGCAAUAUACGAAGAACUCUGCUUCUUAAACAUAAACAUGUUGGUCAAAGAGAAAACUUUAUCCAAAGGAAUUGUUCGUAUAUGAAUCUACGUGGAUCAGACAGACACAGACAUCAGAGUACUAAGCAUUCCUUGAGGAAGUCACUGUCGUCUGCUAGCUUCCGUUCAGUAGGAUAUCUAAACAGUCUUGAACACAAUGACAAGAACUUUGGUCGGCAGGAUUCUGUGAGGGAGAAAUUAUUGGAUAAGAACCAUAUGACGAAGGGCAAGCUAGAAUUUGUAAAAGUUUAUGUUGACGACAAUAUGCCAUCAGAUGGUGUACUUAUUGGAAUUGCUCCUCCACAAGACCCUCGUCAAAAGAACAUUCAGGAUAUAAUGAGGAGGAUCCCAAAGGGAGCAGAAGCUACGACAGUACUCGUAGGAUGUGUGGAUUACCUGACUAAACCAGCUGUAGCUUUCGUCCGAUUGGCUGAGGGACAGUACCUCGAUAACUUGACGGAGGUGCCACUUCCUGUUAGGUUUCUUUUUUUGCUGCUUGGACCAGAGAAUAGCGGAAUGGAUUACCAUGAAGUUGGUCGAUGUAUAUCUACACUGAUGUCAAAUCAGCAUUUUCAUGAUGUGGCUUACAAAGCUGAGAGUCGACGUGAAUUGUUGGGUGCCAUUAACGGAUUCCUUGAUGAGUCCAUAGUGCUGCCACCUGGUGACUGGGACCAGAAGACACUCUUGCCUAUCAUGAAUAUGGCAAGGAAGAAGGCAAAACUGAAAAGGAAAAAACAACAAAAAGAAGAAGAAAAACAAGCUCUUCUAGAGAAGGAGAAAAAAGAUAAAAUUCCGUUGGAUCCAUUGAGAAGGACGGGAAAAAUAUUUGGUGGACUUUAUUACGACAUAAAAAGACGUUACCCUCACUAUAUUAGUGAUUUUAAGGACGGAUUAAAUCUGAAAUGCCUGGCAGCCAUUGUUUUUAUAUUUUUCGCCUGUUUCGCUCCUUGCAUUGCAUUUGGUGGUCUUCUCAGUGAGAAGACAUAUGAUUAUCUUGGUGUCGAAGAAACUGUGAUAAGCACCUCAGUUUGUGGGAUUAUAUUUGCUUUAUUAGCAGGGCAACCUUUAAUGCUAAUUGGUGCUACUGGUCCUGUUCUCGUAUUUGAACAGUCCCUUUAUAUGUUUUGUAAGAAUAAUGAUAUAGAGUUUUUGACAAUGCGGGUAUGGAUAGGAUUCUGGGUAAUGUUGAUCUCUAUAGUAGCUGUUGCAGUAGAGAGCAGUUUCCUCGUCCGUCAUAUCUCCAGAUUUACAGAAGAAAUCUUUGCCAUUCUCAUCUCACUCAUUUUCAUUUUUGAGGUCAUAAAGAAAAUUGAUGAGACAUUCAAGGAUCAUCCAUUGUUAUUAGAUUACUGUGCCAAAAACAAUUUGACUUAUAGUAGUCUGUCGUCUAACGGCAGUGUUACUCUGUACCCGGUGUUAAAUGUGACUUCGUCCCCUGGAUACACGUUCGCCAACGAUUCUUUUCAAGAGGAGACUGAGGACGACACUCAUAACAAAUACCUCUAUUACAAGGAGUUUAAAAAUAGACCCAAUACAGCUCUAAUGUCUACAAUUUUAACAUUUGGGACAUUUCUCAUCGCAUAUUUCCUAAGGAUUUUCAGAAACAGUAAAUUUUUAGGAAGAAGGGCAAGAAGAGCUUUGGGAGAUUUUGGGAUUGUUAUUUCUAUUAUUUUAAUGGUGCUGUUAGAUUUGUCAAUAGGAGAAAGUGUAUAUACUGAGAAAUUACAUGUACCGCCCACUUUAGAGCCUACACUUAGACGUGGAUGGUUCGUGAACCCUGUAGGUACGAAGAAGAGAAUUGAAGUGUAUAUUAUUUUCGCCUCGUUUAUUCCGGCUGCUCUCAUCUUCAUGCUGCUCUAUCUUGAAACUCAAAUCACAGAGAUGAUAUUAAACAAGAAAGAGUUUAAGAUGAAGAAAGGCUCAGGAUUUCAUUUAGACAUGGUUUUAGUCGGGGUUAUGACCUUGAUGUGUUCAUUGUUCGGCUUGCCAUGGAUGUGUCCAGCUACAGUCAGGACUAUUGCUCAUGUGUCGGCACUCAGCGUCAUGAGCAAACACCAUGCUCCAGGAGAAAAACCAAAGUUGAUGGAAGUUAAGGAGCAGAGAGUGACUGCACUUGUUAUGAAUAUUAUCAUAGGUAUAUCCCUAUUCUGGGAGCCUGUUUUAAAGGCUGUGCCUAUGGCUGUGCUGUUUGGUGUAUUUCUGUACCUUGGUAUAUCCUCGUUGAGUGGGGUACAGAUGUUUAAAAGACUCAAACUUUUACUCAUUCCAGUCAAAUAUCAUCCCUCAAGAGGAUUUGUUCGUAGGGUGAGGACUACGAAGAUGCAUCUUUUCACCAUCAUACAACUAGUACUUCUUGUUGUGCUGCUGAUCAUUAAAUCGUCUGCUGCAGCUCUAGUAUUCCCACUGUUUGUUAUACUCCUGGUGCCCCUCAGAAACAGUGGAUUACCGAAGAUUUUUACUGGUCAAGAGUUGCAUGAGGUAAGUUAG